AUGGCGGUGGAAGGAGGGAUGAAAUGUGUCAAGUUCUUACUCUACGUUUUUCUGCUGGCCUUCUGCGCCUGUGCAGUGGGACUGAUCGCUGUGGGUGUGGGAGUCCAGCUCGUCCUGAGUCAGACUGUUAACCAAGGGGCCACUCAUGGCUCCCUCUUGCCUGCGGUCAUCAUUGCAGUGGGUACCUUCCUCUUCCUGGUGGCCUUUGUGGGCUGCUGUGGGGCCUGCAAGGAGAACUACUAUCUUAUGAUCACGUUUGUUGUCUUCCUGUCUCUUAUUACGCUGGUGGAGAUGGCCGCAGCCAUUGCUGGCUAUGUGUUUAGAGACAAAGUCAUAUCAGAGUUUAAGAAGGGUUUCCAGCAGCAGAUGCAGUCUUACCCAAAAGACAAUAUCACGGCUCCGUUCCUGGACGAGAUGCAGCAAAACUUUAAGUGCUGCGGGGCUUUUAACUACACAGAUUGGGAGAACAUUCCUCUUGUUCCCAAAAACCGAAUUCCUGACUCCUGCUGCGUCAAUGUCACUAAGAACUGUGGGGUUAACUUCAACGUGAAGGAUAUCAAUACCGAGGGCUGUGUGGAGAAGAUUGGGGGCUGGCUGAGGAGCAAAUUGUUGGUGAUAGCUGCAGCAGCCCUGGGCAUUGGUUUUGUGGAGGUCCUGGGGAUUAUCUUUGCCUGUUGCCUCGUGAAGAGUAUCCGAAGUGGCUAUGAGGUGAUGUAG